CCAUAGUAGAAUUCGUUGGCAAAACAGCAAGCGUGCGCGCGUCUCUGUUCCUGCACGUCAGACGUGUCGCUCAGUUAGUUUUCUGGAUUCAAACCUCCCUGAUCUCCAUCUUGGGGAGAUUCCUACCCCAUCUGUUUCCUUUAGGAGUUUAUUAUCCAAAAAAUGGGAGAUAUAAGAUUGCCGAGGCACAUGUUUCUGUGGUGCCUUUCUGCUAUUUACAUGUUCGCCUUUGCGUCUCUUUACGUGCAGAUUCCAGGUCUGUAUGGAAACGAGGGUUUGCUGCCAGCACGGUGGCAGCUGCGAGUGUCUGGUAAGAGUGUUGUGGAGCAGCUGAAGGAUUCUCCCACCCUGCUGUGGUUUGGUCCUCGUCUGGGUUUGGACACACAGCAGUGCAUGGAGCUGCUCAGUCUGGCCGGAGCUCUGCUCAGUUUAAUGACUCUGGCUUUACCGCCGCUCAGAGACUGCAGAGUCUUUCUGGUGCUCUGGGUACUUUAUCUGUCUCUGUACCAGGUGGGCCAGGUAUUCUUAUACUUUCAGUGGGAUAACCUCUUGUUGGAGACAGGCUUCUUGGCCAUUCUCGUUGCUCCCAUGAAAAUGCCCUGGUCUUCAAAGGUGUGUCUCCAUGAUAAUGUGACUUUCUGGCUGGUGCGCUGGCUGUUGUUUCGGCUGAUGUUUGCGUCGGGUGUCGUCAAACUGACCAGCCGCUGCCCCACCUGGUGGGGCCUAACAGCUUUGACCUAUCACUAUGAGACCCAGUGUAUACCGACCCCGCUGGCCUGGUUUGCUCAUCAGCUGCCGGUGUGGUUCCAGAAACUCAGUGUGGUGGGAACGUUUGUUAUCGAGAUCGCAGUUCCUUUCCUGUUCUUCAGCCCCAUACGAAGACACAGGCUUGCCGCCUUCUACAUGCAGGUCCUGCUACAGGUGUUAAUCAUCCUGUCUGGAAAUUAUAACUUCUUUAAUAUUCUCACUAUCACCCUGUGCUUGUCGCUGCUGGAUGACCAACAUGUAAACUUCUGGCUCCGCAGACCCACGCAAAAGACAGAAAGCACAUCUUUACAGACUCUCUUCUCUGGACUGGCUGUAAUGUUAGAGGUCAGUGUAUAUGCUGUGCUUGGCUACUGGACCGUCCAAUACUUUGACCUGCAGGUGGACUGGGAAAAGAGAAGUGUGUCCUCCAAAACAGCCUUUACUUAUUUUGAGUUCAAUGGCUUUCUGAAGACUGUUACAGUGCCCAGUAUCUGGAUUGGUGUGCUGUCUCUCACAUGGGAGAUCAUCACUGCCAUGUUUAAAUGUGCUUGUGUGAGGGGCGUGUUGCGGCGUCUCUGGAGCACAAUCCAGUGGGCAGUGAUGGCUGCGGCUACAGUCUCAAUGUUUGCCAUCAGUCUGGUUCCCUACACCUACUUUGAGUAUGAUGCCAACAGUAAUCUCUGGCCUGGGAUCCAGACAGCGUUUGAAGUGACCGACCGUUACCAGCUGGUCAACUCAUAUGGAUUGUUCCGGAGAAUGACCGGGGUCGGAGGUCGUCCAGAGGUGGUCAUUGAGGGCAGCAUGGAUCGCAACACAUGGACGGAGAUAGAGUUCAUGUAUAAGCCAGGGAACAUGAGCGCAGCGCCCCCUGUGGUGGCUCCGCACCAGCCCAGGCUGGAUUGGCAGAUGUGGUUUGCUGCUCUGGGGCCGCACACACAGAGCCCCUGGUUCAGCAGCCUCCUACACAGACUCCUGCAGGGCAAACGCGAUGUGGUCAGACUCAUUCAGACAGAUGAGUCUCAGUAUCCGUUCAGCAAACAGCCUCCUACGUACCUAAGAGCUCACCGCUACAAAUACUGGUUCAGCGAGCCAAAAGAGGACGGUUCAUAUCCCCAGCGAUGGUGGAGACGGGUGUAUGUGGAAGAGUUCUAUCCUAUAGUGCGCCUUGGUGACUCUUACCUUGAACAGAUGUUGGUUCAACAUGGUUUGAAGGAUAAGGCUCCUCCGAGGCGCAGCUCGAAAGCUUGGCUGCCGCGGUUAUUGCGACAUGUUGGCGAACAUGCCCGUGAGAUUCCAGCUCAUCUGCUGCUGUGGACUCUCUUCAGCUCUGCAGCGACCGUGUGUCUCCUCAACUCUCUGCGAUCCUGUGCACAUCAUCGCCAACACGAAUCGUUCCAGAACCAACACACAGACAAACAGGCCGUUGGACGGACACUGUCCAAUGCGGCGGAAGAGAACGAGAAGAAACAGGAGGAGGAGGAGGAGGAGAAAAAGGAGGUUACAAAAGAUGAUGCAGAGGAAGAUGGAAAGCAACAGGAAGAAGAUGCAACAAGUGAAGAGGAACAGGAAGGCGAAAUUGAAGAGGAAGUGAGUGCAGAGGAAACAGAAGAGGACAGCCUCAGGAAAAGGAAGUGAAGUUUUCAAAUGAUCUGUGGCUUUAAAUGAAACUCUUUUUAAUACCAACUCAGGGUAAUGACAUCUACCCCAAAACAUCAGCACUUAUACCUUCAUUGUCAAAACAUUGAUAUUUCUCUGUUUUCACAGGCAUUUUUGAGAGAUGUAGGCAGAGUAGUGAAACUUUCAUGCAUCCCAGUAGUGUCCUGGAUUUAACUGCACGUUUAGUUAAACUAAUCCUGAUAGGAAGGCCACACUGCAAAACAAGGGAUUUUUGUUGUAUGCCCUCUGAUUGGUCUGACAGGUAAAUGCAAGACAAGGUAGGUUAUCGUUUCCCCCACUGUGCACUUACUGCUUGCACCCUACAUGAUAUCAUGUUAAGUAAAACCCAGGAUGUCUUCCACCAUGAGACCUAAAAAUAACUGUAAAAAACAACAAACAAACUGUAUAUUCCAAUGCACAUACUGGGCCUCAUUAAAUGGAAGAGUGAAAUUUGUGUUUGUAAAAUCUUUCUUGCAUAAAUUAGACAUUGAAUUGAAUGCGUCGAAAUACCAACCAGCACUUAUGGUUUUAUGAACAAUUUACACACACAUUCCUUUGUUCUGCUCGUGUUUUAUGAAUGAACACGUAUGUGCCCAGUAUGUGCUGUGCCUUAUGGUAUACCAAAAGUAUCAGAAAAUAUUUCAAUCUUGUUUUAUUUUUAUGAGUAAAAUAGAGAUGUUUAAUAGUUUUUCACUUAGACUGUCAUCUUGUAUAUGUGGUGUUGUAUGACCUGAAAUUGUUUAUCAGACUGUAACUGGUUAUGGUCUGUGAUAUGUGUAUUGUAAUAAUGUUCGUGACAUUGCUUUUUGACCACUGUGAUGUCAUUAAAAUAUUGCAUGUUUAUUGUUAAUAUGAGUGAAGAUGCACAAAAAAAACUCAGCUUUAAUGUUUUGUAAUAUUUUUAAUAAACUUAGAAAAAUA